AUGCAGCCGCGCUCCGCGCCACGUGCGUUUGAUAACCGGGCUUUGCCUUCACUGCCCCGUGAAUGGGAAAAUCGCCUGGUGUCAGAAAUAAUAACUUCUCCUUUAAAACAGGCGGCUGGUGCUACCCGGCCUUACCCAGAGGGUAUUCACUGCCACAGAAAAUGUUAUGAUUAUUUUGUUUUUCAGAUGACUACUUUGGGCAACCUGACACCCUCAAGCACUGUGUUUUUCUGCUGUGAUAUGCAAGAGCGAUUCCGGCCUGCCAUCAAGUAUUUUGGUGAUAUCAUCAGCGUGGGCCAACGACUGCUCCAAGGUGCACGGCUCUUAGGAAUUCCAGUUAUUGUAACUGAACAGUAUCCCAAAGGUCUUGGCAGCACUGUGCAAGAAAUUGAUUUAACAGGAGCUAAACUUGUGCUUCCCAAAACAAAAUUUUCAAUGUUGUUGCCAGAAGUUGAAGCAGCAUUAGCAGAGAUUCCUGGAGUCCGCAGCGUUGUCCUGUUUGGAGUAGAAACUCAUGUCUGCAUCCAGCAAACAGCAUUGGAAUUAAUUGGCAGAGGUCUGGAAGUUCAUAUCGUAGCUGAUGCCACCUCAUCACGAAGUAUGAUGGACAGAAUGUUUGCUCUUGAGCGUCUUUCUCGUACUGGAAUUAUAGUUACUACUAGUGAAGCUAUACUGCUGCAGCUGGUAGCUGAUAAAGAACAUCCAAAAUUCAAAGAAAUCCAAAAUCUCAUUAAGGCGAGUGCCCCUGAAUCAGGGCUCCUUUCCAAAGUUUGAAGAGGAUGAAGAGGAAGUAGAUCUCAUUGUCAUCUUUAAGGAGGAAGGAAUGGAUACCUUCUUUCACUAAGACUUUAGUAGAAGUGUAAAAUUAAAAAUUGACAUACUCAUGCUUGCCUUAGCAAAAUUGUCUGGUUAUACGUCUGGGUGCCAGUAUGUUCUGUUUAGUUACAGCUGUCGGAGAUAUUGGGUACCGUAGGACCUUUUUGUUGUCAAAUUUUCUUCUUUAUUUAAAAAGCAAAAAUUAACAGAGGUGCCUGCUAGUCUGUACCAUACACUGAUUGUAACAGCUCCAAAAAGUGAAUAUUUCUGUGACACCUCUUGAUUGUGCACUUUGUAAAAGUGUUCUGUAAUACUCCAGUUUACUUUUGUACUAAUAGAAGACAAUUCUGUAUUGGAUAGAUGUGAUUAAAUAUGAGAUAAUGUUUUAUGUAAAUGAAGUAUUUUAUUAGGGUAUAAAUUAAAACAUAGUAAGAUAUAUGGACUACAUGUGCGCUGUUGUUCUCUGGAACAAAAUAUAAGCACUUUGCUUCAUAGACAAAACACACAGAUCUAGCAGCAGCUGAUGUUUGAUUGCUGUAGGUAAAUGAAGCCUGCAUCAUGACUCUCCCUUAUUCUGAUAUUGACUGCCCAAACUGUACUUCACUUAAAUGUACACAAACAGAAAACUGUUGUUUAAUGAGUUCUUUAUAAGCAACGGGUGUAAAAUUCUUCAGAACUAGCAGAAGGUUACCAUUUAAAUACAUUGAUAAGUACGCUAAGGAUGUUAAAGAACAAAAGCUUUUCAGCUUCAAGUGCUGAAUCUACUACAGUGUAUAGAUUCAUUUUGUGGAGUUUUACCCCAUUUUAGUUAGACUGAAUAAUAUCUUUUGAUUUACUCAUUUGGCCAAGCAAGCUCUGAAAGAAACCUCUGCUUGUUUAGGUUUUACGCUUUUUUUGUGGGCUGCAGCUGGGUGGAGUUUGAAUGGAAUCUGGCCUAAAAGCAUUCUUCAGCAAAAUAGCAUCUUUAACUUGAUGAUAAAUAUUUUUUCUGCUUUUAACACAUGUUUGUUCAUAAAGGCACUUCCUUCAUGCUCCAGGGGUUUAAACAAUGUUGUCUAAAGUUUACAGUCUGACUGAGACACUUAUUUUUUUAAAAGAGUACUAGAAGAUGUCAUAAUGAACACAUCUUUUUGGUAGAAAACCAAUUAGAGUACAUGUAUUGUUUUAAAUUGCUUAUUUUCCCCACGAGGUGGCUCUAAAAGAAUUGUUUCAGAGAGUUAUAACCUUUAUAUGUUUAAAACAAAUAAAAUGUUAACAUUUGCUGUCUCUCUUACACUUGUGAUAUUUAUUGAAGAGCAAAUCCUGAAAGCUGUGUUUGCCACAAACCUUAUUCUGUUUUGUGCAGCUGUGUAAUUUCCAUAGAUUUCAUGGGAAUUUUGUGUAAACAUCAAGGGUGGAUAAUGUCUACUAAUACUUGUCUUCUGCAUCUAGUUACAGUGCUACUUAGUGCUCCAAAAGAUGAAUGAACGUUAUGCUUCAAGCUGAAGGCAGGGAGGAGAGUUGAGUUGAAGAACCAUUGUGCUCUAUCACUGACCUACUUUUUACUUUCUUUUCUGGUAUAUUAAUCACAUUGCCUAGCAGUAUAAAGUCCACUUAUAUAAAUCAACAGCUGUGCACAGACUAUAAAUUUCAUACGAAGUAAUGGUUUUAUUUCUUCUUUUUUUAUUCUUACUUUUAUGUGUUGAUGGUACCUAGAGUUAGUAAUUGAAGGAA